GAAGUGAGCUGCAGGAGGGCGCCAGCGUCACCCCCGACAACGAUGUGUUUGUGCACCUGGCCAAGACCUACUCCUACAGCCACGCGCAGAUGCACCGGGGCAACGCCUGCAGCGACUCCAACUUCCCCCACGGCAUCACCAACGGAUACCAGUGGUACGCUCUACCAGGUAGGCACACGCCCGGCAUGCAGGACUACAACUACAUUUGGCAGCAGUGUCUGGAGAUCACGCUGGAGCUGUCCUGCUGCAAGUUCCCGCCCGAGAGGGAGCUGCCGGGCUACUGGGAGGCCAACCGGCCCGCCCUGCUGGCCUACAUGCAGCAGGCGCACCUGGGUGUGAAGGGUCAGGUGCUGGAUGGUGAGGGCACUCCUGUGCAGGAUGCAGUGGUGGAGGUGGAGGGCAGGAGGAAUCUGUGCCCCUUCCGCACCGGCCCCCAGGGAGAAUACUACCGCCUGCUGCUCCCCGGCAACUACACCUUCAAGGUGACGUAUCCAGGACACGACACGCUGGUGGAGACGGUGGCUGUCCCCUACGGUCCCGAAAGCUUCUCGGCGCUAAAGCACGACUUCCAGCUACAGCGGAUUGUCAACACAACAAGCACCAUCGCUACACCCACCACACAGGUGGCCUCACCGCAGAACAACAGCGCCGCCCUGCAGUUGGCACCCGUCACUGCGCUCCUCCUGUCCCUGCUGCUGCAGUGCGUUUCAACGCUACUAUGAUACGAAACGAAGGACUUUUUAGGACUUUUUAAAAUUGUACUUUUUGUUGUUUUUGUUAUUUUUGUAAUGGACGCUGAACUCACCAUUUGCCCUUCUUGCAAAGCCACUCAAAGCAUUCUAAGCAGAUAUCAACUUUUUAUUUGUUGUUUCAUUUGCAAACGUCCGUCUUGUUAUUUACACACAUAAUAGCUACAUUGGGCUCGCGUUACUUCAAGCCAAGCAUGUGUGAGCCCUGGUUAAGAGGACUGAAAGGAUCUCCAAGUGCCUCGAGAGGUUAAACAGAUAAAGGCAAGAAACACGAAACCUUGCUUUUCAAGUUGAGAUAAACUUUCAUCUACAAAAAAAGUCACGCAAACAGUGACUUCUCGGAUUUAUGGUUGAUAUGAAUACAUCAACACACACACACACACGCACGCACGCACAGCGUCUGUGCUGAGGUGAUCCAAAGCUUCUCUUAUCGCGCCUGUGUGCAGAUAAGGAGCUGUCGCCUAAACAUAAACGCGACACUUGACUCUGGGAUAUGGAUCAGUGUUAAGACAUGAGGAGAGAUGUCAAGGAGGAAACCCAAACAAGACGCAGGAAAGAAACACUCAGGAGAGGGAGAGUGUGUGUGUGUUUGUGUGAGAGAGUGGCAGAUUUCUCUCUCACCCAUCAGCUGGAUGCCAAAGCUGCUCCUCAGCCGUUUAUCACUCCCAAACAAGUCACAAUUAUCAUGGGGGAAUUUGGAAGGAAUGCGCUUUGAUGUUUUUUUUUCUCGUUUUUUUUUUUUCUUUUCGUACCACUAUGUAUUUUCCCAAGACAAGUUCCCUACAUUCCAAGAUAUCAGAAUAAAAAGAGACGUAAAGCCAGAAUACACUAAACUGUAUCCACCACACACAGUCAGUCACAUAGUAC